AGUAUUCUAUCCUCAUUAUUCCCAACUACUGUUGUGUUCAACUAGCAUUUAAGACUAGUGUUCUUAUUUGAAAAAUAAAUAAAAAACAUUAAAGGAAUGUUCAAAUAUAAAAGGUCAUUGAGUCCAUACUAUAACUGACUCAUUAAUCUGUUUCUGCUUUAUUUAUAGUGAGCUAGAACUUUUUCUGUCCUUGCCAUGGUGGAUCCUGUUCAAGUGAAAUAUACAACUUCUGCUAGUGAUUUUUCUCUUAAGAAGCAAGAGCUUCUUUCAAGUGCCAUGAAAAGAACAAGUGAAUGGAUUUUUUCUCAGGAGAUUCCUAGUGAUGUCAAUAUCCAAAUUGGAGAAGCUUCCUUUUCUUUACAUAAGUUUCCAUUAGUCUCCAAGAGUGGAUACAUUAGGAAACUUGUCUCCGAAUCUAAUGACGCUGACGUGUCCUUAGUUGAACUCUCCGAUGUUCCUGGUGGAGCAGAAGCAUUUGAGCUAGCAGCAAGAUUCUGCUACGGGAUAAACUUCGAGAUAAACGUGGAAAACAUCGCUGCGCUUCGUUGUGUGGCGGAAUAUCUAGAAAUGACUGAGGAUUAUGCAGUUGGGAACUUGGUGGAAAGAACUGAUGCAUAUUUGACUGAUGUAGCACUACAGACCAUUGCAGGUUCUGUUUCUAUUUUACAUAUUUCGGAAAGUCUUCUUCCGAUAUCAGAGAAAGCGAAAUUGGUGAGCAAAUGCAUAGAUGCAAUUGCUUAUAUAGCUUGUAAGGAAAGUCAAAUGUGUUCAUCUGGAAGAAGUGAUAGUGGCUCUGAGGGAGUGAUGGGAUCUUCGAUAUCGUCUCAACAGAGACCGGUUGUUGAUUGGUGGGCUGAAGAUUUAACUGUUCUUAGGAUUGAUAUUUUUCAAAGAGUUCUUAUUGCAAUGAUGGCUAGAGGGUUUAAACAGUUUGCUAUUGGUCCGAUUCUUAUGCUCUACGCGCAGAAAUCUCUACGAGGUUUGGAUAUAUUUGGAAAGGGAGGGAAAAAGAUUGAAGCUAGACAAGAGCAUGAAAAAAGAGUUAUUUUAGAGACAAUAGUAAGCCUAUUACCAAAAGAGAGGAAUGCAAUGUCAGUAAGCUUUCUAUCUAUGCUGCUCCGCGCAGCAAUAUAUCUCGAUACAACAGUUGCUUGCAGGCUUGAUCUAGAAAAAAGAAUGGCAACACAAUUAGGACAAGCUGUUCUAGAUGAUCUUCUCAUUCCUUCAUAUUCAUACACCGGCGACACAUUAUUUGACGUCGAUACAGUGCAAAGGAUCAUCAGUAAUUACUUAGAAUCUCAAAUUGGAAACCACUUUGCCUAUAACGGUGACGACGAAUACUUUUCCCCUCCACAAAGUGACAUUGAAAGAGUCGGAAAGUUAAUGGAAAGUUUUCUUGCUGAAAUAGCCACUGAUAGAAAUUUAUCAGUUGCGAAAUUUAUCAGUUUAGCUGAACUGAUUCCUGAACAAUCAAAGCCUACUGAAGAUGGAAUGUAUAGAGCCUUAGACAUCUAUUUAAAGGCUCAUUCGAAUUUAAGUGACAUGGAGAGAAAGAAAGUGUGCAGCGUAAUGGACUGUCAAAAGCUAUCACGAGAAGCAUGUGCACAUGCAGCUCAAAACGACCGUUUACCAGUCCAAACGGUAGUUCAAGUUCUCUACUACGAACAAGAACGACUUCGCGACGCAAUGAACGGCAAUGAAAACAGCGAAUCUCCGAUUCAGGCCAAACGGAAUUCAUAUUCUGGUGAGAAUCAAAUUCAUCCAGUUUCAAAUGAAAUCAUAAGCUUACGAAAGGAAAACGAAGAUCUGAAACUAGAGUUAGCGAAGUUGAAAACGAAGCUUCAAGAGAUUGAGAAUUCUGCGACGGUUAAAUCGACUGUUAAUAGUCCUGUUAUUAAAUCGAAGGUUAAUAGUCCUGUGAUCGUAAGUGCUUCUUCGCCUGCGUAUUCUGCUGAUAAGCCUCCAUUGCCGCGGAAAACUUCGUUUAUGAGUUCGGUUUCGAAGAAACUUGGGAAGCUUUCUCCAUUUCCGCGUGUUGAUGGUAUUAUUCCGCCUUUUGCUAAAGGUAGGACUAAACCAAAUAAGAAUCGACGUCAUUCAAUUUCAUGAGGAUCUGAGUUUUUAUUUUGUGAUUGUGUGAUUCUAUGUAAAUUAUUAUGAUGUUUAAGUGAGAACCAUAUUGUAAAGGGUGGUGUGGUGGUGAAAAAUAAAAUAUAAUUUUUGAGUUUUGAUUGCAGUCUUGCGGGUGAUUAUACGGUUUUGAUGAUAAAAAAAAUGAUAAACUAAAUUUGUGUUGGAA